AUGGGCUUCCUGGCAGAGGAUCGCAUGUUAUUCCGCAACGAAUGGGGAACACCCACAUACGACCGAGUUCUCACGCGCGCAAAGAAACGAAACGAUGAGGAGAGCGCAUCUGGGUCGGAUUCAACAACGGGUAUCGAUCUCGCAGCUGCCAAGAAAGCGUACCUUGCGACGAAGAAGACUAUUCCCUUGUACAUUGGACUUGCAACGGGGUUCUGUGGGAGUUUCACCAGCUUCUCCACCUUCAUUCGCGAUGUCUUUCUCGCCAUGUCCAACGACAUUGUAGCACCAGGGUUUGGGACCACUGCGCAGAGUCGAAACGGUGGCUAUUCAUUUAUGGCCAUGCUGGCGGUCAUCAUUACGACAGUCGGCCUUUCGUUGGCCGGCCUGGUCUUUGGGGCACACCUUGCGAUUGCAACAGAGUCCAUCAUCCCAUCAAUACCAUACAACGUUGCUAGGAAGGUCUUGGAUCCUCUGUUUGUCUUGCUAGGAUGGGGUUGCUGGCUAGGUGCAGUCCUCAUGUCCAUCUUCCCUCCGCACGACCAGUGGCGUGGACAGGCAACGUUUGCCCUUGUAUUUGCGCCUCUUGGGUGUCUCGCCAGAUUCUACCUUGCCAUCUAUCUGAACGGCAAGAUGGCGUCGUUCCCACUAGGCACAUUUGCUGCCAAUGUUCUUGGGACUGCAGUUUUGGGCAUGGCGUGGGACGUGGCUCACAUUCCGAGUGGUGGCGUCAUCGGCUGCCAGGUCCUGCAGGGCGUAGAAGACGGAUUUUGUGGCUGCUUGACGACGGUGUCGACGUGGGUUGCCGAGUUGAAUAGUUUAAGGAGGAGACACUCGUACAUAUAUGGCGCGACAAGUGUUGUCGUCUCGUUUGCGGUCAUGGUACUGAUAAUGGGAGGGUUGAGAUGGACAGACGGAUGGGCUGCUUUGUUGUGUUAG